AUAAUUGGGGACUGGGAGUCAAACGACAGCUGAUUCAUCCUAUCCUAAAUUCUUCUAUCGUAAUCCUCGGUCCUAGCGGCCAUGGCGUUCUCCUCGUGGAUCUCCCGCCUGCGUUCUUCCUCGAGCAAGUUUAGAUGCUACUUUACUCACAAGCAGGCCGCGGCGCUGAUUAGGGCUGAUGCGGAGGUUUUCGGUAGUGAACAUGUUCGGAAAUCACGUGCAUCGACUGUCGCGGCCCGUUCUUUGAUUCCGUGGGCUAUUGCUGCGUCCACUGCCACCCUCGCUUUUCAGUCAUAUCAGGAAGCCGGUCCGUCACUCUGUGAAGCUCCAAAUCAUGAUCGUAAAACAAAAUUCAGAAAUCAUGGUAUGGGUGGCAAAGAUAGCACACAAUACUUGGUAAAAAGUCUUUCUAGACCAGUUCCCCAAGAGCUUCUUGAAGAAAUAAAGACAAUCUGCAAGGACAAUAUGACGAUGGACUAUGAUGAGAGGUACUUCCAUGGGAAGCCACAGAACAGCUUCCACCUGGCAGUGAAUAUUCCUGAUAUAGUUGUUUUCCCAAGAAACACUGAGGAGGUAUCUAAGAUAGUUGCAUCAUGUAACAAACAUAAGGUUCCUAUUGUGCCAUAUGGUGGAGCCACGUCAAUUGAAGGCCAUACAUUAUCACCUAGUGGUGGAGUUUGCAUUGACAUGACACAAAUGAAACAAGUCAUAUCUUUAAAUGUAAAGGAUAUGGAUGUGGUUGUUGAACCUGGGAUUGGGUGGAUGGAGCUUAAUGAGUAUCUUGAACCUUACGGAUUAUUCUUCCCUCUAGAUCCUGGUCCAGGAGCAACCAUUGGUGGAAUGUGUGCUACACGAUGUUCGGGUUCCUUAGCUGUAAGGUAUGGCACCAUGCGUGAAAAUGUCAUUAACCUCAAGGCUGUUUUAGCCAAUGGAGAGGUUGUCAAGACUGGAUCUCGUGCCAGAAAAAGUGCUGCAGGGUAUGAUUUAACAAGACUCAUGAUUGGAAGUGAAGGAACUUUGGGGGUUAUAACAGAAGUUACAUUACGUCUCCAAAAGAUUCCCAAAUGCUCGGUGGUAGCAAUGUGUAACUUUCCUACAAUUAAAGAUGCAGCUGAUGUUGCUAUUGCAACUAUGCUAUCUGGCAUCCAGGUAUCAAGGGUGGAACUUCUGGAUGAAGUUCAAGUGAGGGCAAUCAACUUUGCAAAUGGGAAAAAUUUGCCUGAAGUUCCGACCUUGAUGUUUGAAUUUAUUGGCACAGAAGCAUACUCACGCGAACAGACACUAAUAGUUCAGAAGAUAGCUUCAGAGCACAAUGGCUCAGAUUUUGUGUUCACAGAGGAACCUGAAGCUAAAAAGGAACUUUGGAAGAUAAGAAAGGAAGCACUUUGGGCUUGCUUUGCCAUGGCACCGAACUUUGAGGCAAUGACAACGGAUGUAUGCGUUCCUCUAUCACGGCUUGCGGAAAUAAUAUCCAGAUCCAAACAAGAAUUAGAUGCUUCGACUUUAUUAUGCACAGUCAUUGCUCAUGCUGGCGACGGGAACUUCCACACAAUUAUUUUGUUCGAUCCCAAGGAUGAUGAACAACGAAAAGAGGCUGAGAGGUUAAACCACUUCAUGGUGCAUUUGGCUCUGGACAUGGACGGGACUUGCACAGGCGAACAUGGUGUCGGCACUGGGAAAAUGAAGUAUCUGGAAAAAGAACUUGGAAUUGAGAACUUGAAAACCAUGAAAAAGAUCAAAGCUGCUUUGGAUCCUAAUGACAUCAUGAACCCAGGAAAGCUAAUUCCCCCUCAUGUCUGUCUCUAGAGGUCGUAUCCUACUCCCAACUCUGUUUCUGUAACAAUCAAUAGUUAUUUGUAUUCAAGCAACUACUUGUUUUACAAAUUUUCAUCACUACACAUUUUCCAGAAUAACUUAUAGUAGUAGUAGUAGUAGUAGGUGGUGUAUUGUAUUUGUAAUUAUAAUAUUGGGCCGUUCAGCCCAAAUAUGGGCCCAAUAUAAGUGGAACCAUUGUUGGUGUUUGACUACCUGGAGAUGGUUUUCUUCUGUCCGGAAACCUUUCUUUCUAUCAAGAAUUCAUCCAUCCAUGAUCCAUAAUAAAUGUAUACAUCUGUCCUUUUCUUUCUA